UGGUGGAUCGCUGAAGGAGUACUGGGAGGGAGUGAGCGAGCGAGCGCUCUCGCGGAGUUACAAACUGGAUGGAGCCGAUUGAAGUACAUACUUUAGUUAUAUUAAGUGGAUUUUGACAGCGGAUCUCUGGCUUCAGUCUGACGACGUUUCCUACUGGAUCUUAUAGCGUGCCCACUUGGGAAAAUAAAUCAUUAUUUGCAAGAAACGUAGCUGACAUGCGCUAAUAUGGAAACCAAACCAUUCUUGUCUCUAGGUAAAUGGAAUGAAGUAAUACGCAAGCGAGCUACUACAGGGCUCCUGAAAAACCCCUGCUCAGUAGCGCCGCCGUGUUUGCGGAGCUGGCCGGGCGACGCUGGCAGUUCGCCCAAUGGCUGCUCUGGCUUCACGGGUACAUACCCGCUACAACAGCACAGGAUAUCCACAGACUCCUCCGGUCAGCUCUCGUCGUCUCCUCUGAGCUCCUCAAUGGGUCACCGAUGCAUCAGUAACCAUCCUCUCCGGCCGCCCCUGCUCAGCCCGUCCGCCAUGAGCUCCAGCCCGGGUCAGCUGCACUCGCCCAUCAACGGCCUGCCCUCGCCGUUCCCCGUUAUCAGCUCGCCCAUGGGCCAUCCUUCCAUGAGCGGCCCGUCCUCCACCAGCAUGACCUUCAGACCCAGCCUGAGCCCACAGCUCACUUCACCCAUGAAUGCAGUCAGUAGUUCGGAGGACAUUAAACCCCCCCUGGGUCUGAACGGGGUGAUGAAGGUCCCGGCACAGCCUACAGGCACAUCCCUCUCCCUCACUAAACACAUCUGUGCCAUUUGCGGAGACCGUUCAUCAGGUAAACACUACGGGGUGUACAGCUGUGAGGGCUGUAAGGGCUUCUUCAAGAGAACGGUGAGAAAGGAUUUGACGUACACUUGCCGAGACAACAAGGACUGUUUAAUUGACAAACGCCAACGCAACCGCUGCCAGUACUGCCGGUAUCAGAAGUGCUUAGCCAUGGGAAUGAGGAGAGAAGCCGUUCAGGAGGAGCGGCAGCGGGCGAAGGAGCGGAGUGAGGCUGAGUUCAGCAGCUGUGCCAACGAGGACAUGCCCGUGGAGAAGAUUCUGGAAGCCGAACUGGCAGUGGAACCAAAGACGGAGACCUACGUGGAGGCCAACCUGAGUGCGCCUGCCAAUUCUCCUAACGACCCUGUCACAAACAUCUGCCAAGCAGCUGACAAGCAGCUCUUUACCUUAGUGGAGUGGGCCAAGCGGAUACCUCACUUUUCGGAUCUCCCACUGGACGAUCAAGUCAUCCUCCUGCGAGCAGGGUGGAAUGAACUCCUGAUCGCCUCUUUUUCGCAUCGUUCCAUAGCUGUGAAAGAUGGGAUAUUAUUAGCUACAGGCCUUCACGUCCACAGAAACAGCGCACAUACUGCCGGGGUGGGAGCCAUCUUUGACAGAGUGCUGACAGAGCUUGUGUCAAAGAUGAGAGACAUGCAAAUGGACAAGACUGAACUUGGAUGCCUGCGGGCCAUUGUUCUGUUCAAUCCAGAUUCAAAAGGACUGUCUAAUCCAUCAGAGGUGGAGGCGUUAAGGGAAAGAGUGUAUGCAUCUCUAGAAGCCUACUGUAAACACAAAUACCCCGAUCAGCCUGGGAGAUUCGCCAAGCUGUUACUGCGUCUGCCUGCCCUGCGCUCCAUUGGUCUUAAGUGUCUUGAACAUCUCUUCUUUUUCAAGUUAAUCGGAGACACACCCAUCGACACUUUCCUAAUGGAAAUGCUCGAAGCGCCACACCAAAUGACAUAAGGGAAUCUCACAGGAUCUCUGAUCUCACAGGAGAAGACUGAACUCGAGAGUAACUCUACCUUGGCGUUUUAUCAGAAACAUUGUGCAAUCCACAAAAUCCUCUGUAAUGGUCCACUGCGGGAUACCACGCAGGAUGGAUUAAGUGAGUUUUUCCUGGUUUGCAUGCACCUUUGGCAAGCCUAGCGGAGUUCUGGAGGUUUUGGUUUCUCAUUUCUCCUGCCUUAUAGAGGUCUACCUCUGCUUUCAAUUGAAUACACAGCCAAACCGCCUCAUCUCUGAACUCGCAAUCGUUUUGCUGUGAAUUUUCAGAUUUCAUAAGAGGAAACAAAAUACCUCGGAUGCACUUCUUCAUGCAGCUGUUCUUAAAAAGCACACUGUUCCUGCCAUUGAAAGUUUUUGCUCAAACUGUGUAGUUAACAGAACCACAGUAAAAAGAAUUCCCCCCAGGCACUUAGAAAUUGCUGAAUCUGAAAGUCCAUCUUCAUGAGGAAGAAACUGCAUGCAGCUUGGCUUUAAUUCCUUUUCUUUUUCGAAGAUAAAUGGGCCUUUGAAUAACAGAAGGGUCUAAAAAAGAAUGAAAAGCAGGUGUACUCCUGGCUGAACUCACGCUGGAUGAAAAUACAGUGAUUCAAUACUGACCAUUUUUCAUGAUGUUUUGCCUCUAUAAUUCAGCAUAAAUAUGUAUUAAGUAUUUCCAAAGAUUUUCAAUAAUGUAUCAUCUGAUAAUUCCCAGCAGGUGGGUGUUUUUUGAUUUGAAAAUAUGCAAGGAGUUAAAGGAAUCCAGAUGAUAGUCUGGCCUCAGGGAAUCGCGAGGUUUUGGGAAGUGCCAUGCCUGUCCCCUAUUGGAAAAGUUGUUACAUUGCAGCUGUAUUCAUUUACUAUUACAUGCAUUUGUUACAGUUUAAGAGUUAGGUUUUUACAGAACAUUGCACAAAUAACAUUUCUAAGCCUCAGGUUGAUCCAAAUGCAAUUUUUGGUUCUGUUGUGCAGUCUUAUCUGUCAUAAGGAAGAAACAUUUGUAUUAACACAUCAAACCUCGAUUGCAGAUUGAGCCAAUCUGAACCAGUUUUUUCAUGAUGACGGUUCAUUUUAAUAACUUUUAUUUGAAUUGGGGCGGUAUGUGUAGAAGCAGUUGUCAUUAGCAGACAUCGUGCAAAAGACCUACUGAUUUAGACAAAACAUCCUGCCAAAAGAUAAUGCCAGGUCUCACAGCAACAUGAGUCUUCAGUCUAACAUGCACAUAAACCGUCUAUGUCAUUGUUACACAGAAUUAAAAGUUCUAGUGGUGAUGUUUUUAUGCUUUGACCAGGGAGAAAUGUGAAUAGGCCAUCAGGGAAGAUCAGCAGACUUUUGUUUGUUCUGUCAUUGGACAUCUUUAGCCUUUCAUUACUCCAAAGCGAGCGUAUUUAGAAUGUGCAUACAGGAACUAAAGACCCCUUGCUGAGGUAUAGACAAAACACAGACAAUGUAAAGCACUCUUGGGUUUGCACUGUGUUGGACUAGUCAAACUGGGUUUGUUACACUAUCAAGAGCCAGGCACAUCUUACCUGAAAACGGCUACAAUCCUGAUCUGUAUUUUCCUGGGAGACUCCAAUCCAUCACAGGACAUGUCAGCAAAACACAAAAGAGAUGCAUUUUAAGAUAAUUAUCUAUUUUUGUACAAAGUGUCUUUUUUUUUUCUUCUCUGUAUCAUUAUUUUGUCUGUUCUAUACUGUACACGUUGUUGGUGUAAAUACUCAUUUUUAAGUGGAGCCGUGCCUUCAAACCUGGACUGAGGGAAAGGUUAUGUGCAUUAGCUCUCUGUUCCUCUGCCGUGUUUUCAUGGUACCCUCACCUGAGAGCUGAGGACGGCUCACUCGUUCUUUUUUACAAAUUGAGACAGAUUGAGGGUAUAUUGUGUAUUAUCCUAUUAUGUCUGUUCAAAGGACUAUUAAAUUUAAGAUUGAAAAAAAAAAAACGUA